AUGGGCCAGCAGCAGCAACAGCAACAGGCAGAUCUUCUAUUACACCCCGCAGCAACUCAAGAGACACAGCAGAAGCAGCAGGGAAGCAGCGGAGACACCGCAGCAGCCGCGCGUACAUCUGCAGCAACAAAACCCACAGCAGCAGCAGCAGCAUCAGCAACAGCAGGGACGCUCUUGCAGCAUAAGUUAACAGAAAGACUGCAGCAGCAACACGAGAUAGAAGAGACAUGCAGCAGCACGUACCAGCAGCACGCAACAACAGCAGCAGCAUCAGCAACAGCAAGUAGCAACAGCAGCAGCAAGCAGCAGCAGCAGCAACAGCAGCAGCAGCAGGUGUUGCUGACAACAAUCCUUCUGUCUCCUUUUCUUUUAAGAGCUGCUGCAGUCUCAACCUGCGGCGACAGCAGCAGCAGCAAAACUUCGCAGCAAAAUGUGCAGCAACUGCUUCAAGAAGAGGAAAGGCAUCGCGGCGGGCUGAGGCUUCUGCUGUUGCUGCCUGCAGCAGCAACUUCUCUCCUGUCUCCGCCCUUUAGACACAAAGCAGCAGCAGCAGCAGCAGCAGCAGCAGCAGCAACAGAUGCAACUGCUGAACCCCAGCAGAACCAUAACGAAAGUAACAGCAUCAACAGCGAGAGCAGCAGCAGCAGCAUCAGCAACAGCAGCAUCAGCAACAGCAGCAGCAACAGCAGAAGCAGCAACAACAGCAGCAGCAAGAGCAGCAGCAGCAGCAGCAGCAGCAGCAGCAGACCAGGCGAAAGCCGUCGCUGUCUUUGCAAGCCCCAUUGGCGUUAA